AAUGCAGAUGGAUGUGGAUCUCUGAAAGGUCCUGGGAGGAGAGAAGCGUGCCUUAGACCAGAUCUCUCAUAGGCCCUGUGAGGCGACAAGCGUGCCUUAGACGAGAACUGGGGUGCUGAGAUAAUCAGCUAGUGUCAUGCUUAAAUAGGGCUUAGGAAACGAGGAGUGUGUUUUUAAUAAGGACAUAAAGAGCUUGUGUGUAAAAGCCACAGGAGAAGACUAGGAGGGAGCGCUUGGGUCUGAUUUCCUUAACACGCUCCAGCCUCGCAAAUUAGGGCGCUUGUUAUCUUUUAAAAGCAUUGUUUUGUGUCUUCCGCUCCGCCCGAACUGUCAUCGAUUGAGAGUUGUGUUUCUCGAGGAGGAAGCAAGAGGGAGCUAGAGGGGGGAGGCAGUCGGUCCGUUCGUCUCAGGGCAUCGGCAUCAGCCUGGGAGGAGGUCAGCUGACCAGGUCUUUUGCAUGAGCAGAUCCUGGUUCACCUUCAACGCUAUUAGGGGAAAACCUUGCUGAUGACUGGUGGAUUGGACUCAGGUCUUCCCUGCGGCUGCAGGUGUGUCUUCCAUCCACAGGUUUUUUUUUAACCUUUCCCCCUCUUCUGAGGAGCCCCGAGGACCUACAGGUGGGAACUUUUUAAACUUUUAAUUUUUUUUUUUCUUGGCCAAAUUGGCCAUAAUCUCCUUGUCUGUCAAGAGAAUUGAAUUCAAGAGAAUCAUCGUAGUCACAUUUCUGGGAUUGGGGCAAAAGAUCCCAAAACCAAGAUGAGUGUCACCAAAGAGGACGUCGCCAAGUUCCUGGAUGGAAACGCAGGCUUUGCCUCAACCUACUUCAACAAGAAGGUCAGCGCAGAGGCCCUUGCCUCGGCCAUGGGUGUGCCGGAGUCCAAGGUGGAUUUCUCCAUGUUCAAGGAGGUGGGCCAGGUGGAGGAAGGGGAGAUCCUGUUCGAGGUCAUCAAAGACAUGCAGGAGAACGUGAACAUGGAGAAAGUGAUCUUCAGGAUCCUGCAGAGGAUCUGUCUCCUCACCCACGCUGACGCCUGCAGUCUCUUCAUGUACCGGCAGCGGAACGGCAUCCCCGAGCUCGCCACCCGACUCUUCAACGUUGGCAUCACCUCGGAGCUGGAUGACUGCGUCGUCCAACCAGACUCCGAGAUGGUCUUCCCCCUCGAUAUUGGAAUCGUGGGCAAUGUUGCCCAGACCAAGAAGCAUGUCAAUGUCAAAGAUGUGACACAGAACAGUAACUUCAGCGCAUUUGCGGAUGAGCUGACUGGAUACACGACCCGCAACCUCUUGGCCACGCCCAUCUUGAAUGGCGAAGAUGUGGUGGCUGUCAUAAUGGCCGUUAACAAGACCACUGGGCCUCACUUCACGGCAGAGGAUGAGGAUCUUUUUUUAAAGUACAUGAAAGUUGCUGCUUUAAACAUGAAGAUUUACCACCUGAACUACCUCCACAACUUUGAGUCGAGGAAAGGCCAGCUCCUACUGUGGUCAGCCAACAAGGUGUUUGAGGAGCUCACAGACAUUGAGCGACAGUUUCACAAGGCUUUGUACACAGUGCGUGCAUACCUGAACUGUGACAGAUACUCAGUCGGCCUGCUGGACAUGACCAAAGAAAAGGAGUUCUUUGACAUCUGGCCGGUGUUGAUGGGAGAGCAGCCACCUUACGCUGGACCGGUGACCCCAGACGGGAGGGAAGUGAUCUUCUACAAAGUCAUUGAUUAUAUUUUGCACGGAAAAGAAGACAUCAAAGUCAUUCCAACUCCUCCUGCUGACCACUGGGCUCUAGCGAGUGGAAUGCCCACGUUCGUUGCAGAAAAUGGACUUAUUUGCAACCUCAUGAAUGCCCCAGCAGAGGAGCAGUUCCAGUUCCAGAAAGAGCCGCUGGACGCAAGUGGCUGGACAAUAAGGAACGUGCUCUCACUGCCAAUCGUCAACAUGAAUGAAGACAUUGUGGGCGUGGCCACUUUCUACAAUCGGAAGGAUGGGAAGCCCUUUGAUGAGCAGGAUGAGUCACUCAUGGAGGCUCUGACGCAGUUCCUGGGCUGGUCAGUACUAAACCCAGACACCUAUGACAAGAUGAAUAGGAUGGACAACCGGAAGGAGAUUGCAGAGGACAUGGUGAUGUAUCAUGUCAAGUGUCGCAAUGAUGAAAUCCAGACUAUUCUGAAAACAAAAGAAUAUUUUAAUAGAGAACCGGCAGACUGUGAUGAGGAUGAGCUUCGUCAGAUCCUGAAAAAAGAGCUCCCCGGCCCAAAGAAGUUUGAGAUCUACGAGUACCACUUCUCAGACUUCGACUGCACGGAGAGGGAGCUUGUGUUGUGCGCAAUCCAAAUGUACUAUGAAGUUGGAGUUGUCAAAAAGUUCCAGGUUCCACAGGAGGUUUUGGUAAGGUUCAUUUACUCAGUCAGCAAAGGCUACAGAAAGAUGGCCUAUCACAACUGGCGCCAUGGAUUCAACGUGGGGCAGACGAUGUUCACUCUUUUAACAACAGGACAGUUGAAGCGCUACUACUCCGACCUGGAGGUGAUGGCGAUGAUCACAGCGGGCUUCCUGCACGACAUAGAUCACAGGGGCACCAACAACCUCUACCAGGUGAAAUCUGGCAGCCCACUCGCUAAGCUUCAUGGAACGUCAGUUCUGGAGAGGCAUCACUUAGAGAUCAGCAAAUUCCUGCUUGCAGAUGAGACUUUGAACAUUUUCCAAAACCUCAACAGAAGACAAUCAGAGCAUGUUAUCCAUCUCAUCGAUAUUGCCAUUAUUGCAACUGACCUGGCUUUAUAUUUCAAAAAGAGGACAAUGCUGCAGAAGAUUGUUGACCUAUCAUUAACGUACCAAGAUGAGAAAAAAUGGAUAGAGUUCAUGUCCAUUGAAACGACGAGAAAGGAGAUUUUGAUGGCCAUGAUGAUGACAGCUUGUGACCUGGCAGCCAUGGCCAAACCAUGGGACGUUGCAAACAAGGUGGCUCUCAACGUAGCAGAAGAGUUCUGGGAGCAAGGUGACUUGGAGAGGUCUGUUCUAGAACAGAUACCCAUUCCAAUGAUGAACAGAAACAAGAUACGUGACUUACCCAAAAUCCAGUGUGGUUUCAUCGACUUUGUCUGCACUUUUGUAUUUAAGGAGCUUUCCAGAUUCCAUCCUACCGUCACGCCAUUGUUAGAUGGUCUUCUGAACAACAAGAAAGAGUGGAAUUCGAGGAAGGCAGAGUAUGAAGCCAAGUAUAAGGAAAUAGUGGAGGCUAAGCCGGGCGGAAACAACCCAGGUGAAGGCGGAGCCAAGAGCUGCUCAAUAUGCUAGAGCUUUGGAACAUCGGAGUAUGGCAUAUUUAGGAAGAGUACCAUCAUAUAGUCUGACAAGUCAAGGGUGAGAGAGAUCAGCCUUCGGCCCUUUUUAAGAGGAGAAACCAGGAGAGAGAGAGAGAGAGAGUGGAGCACCGCAUGCAGGUGAUGCAAUUCAGGAAAGCCAAUAAACCUUGGUGCCAGAAGAUAUAUUCAUCCCCAUGUGGAUCAACCAAGGGCAAUACCAAUACAUGCAUCUGAAGAAAGAUGGUGCUGAUCCCGUAGAUUCAUGACUGUAAAAUGACCCCCGCUGUGUGUUCUGAUUCAUUUGCUUUGUACUCUACAGUCAGGGCUCUGGAACUAUCACUGGUUGAUUAUUAGCCCUCACAGGAACCCAACAGCCAUUUAGAGACCCUUAUGUUAAGAUAGUGUAAUCAUCUAUGGAAUCUGAUGUUACAAAGAGGACUG